AUGGAGCUGGUGACGGACGCCAACUUCGACUGCUCGGGCACCGGGUUCUCACUGCAGGCCAUGGACUCGUCCCACGUCGCACUCGUCGCCCUCCUCCUCCGCUCCGAGGGCUUCGAGCACUACCGCUGCGACCGCAACCUCUCCAUGGGCAUGAACCUCGGCAACAUGGCCAAGAUGCUCCGCUGCGCCGGUAGCGACGACAUCAUCACCAUCAAGGCCGGCGACGGCUCCGACACCGUCACCUUCAUGUUCGAGUCGUCCAAUCAGGAUAAGAUUGCCGACUUCGAGAUGAAGCUCAUGGACAUCAGCAGCGAGCACCUCGGCAUCCCCGACUCGGAGUACCAGACCAUCAAGUACUACCACAUUGUGAACCCUCCUGAUGAGUAG